UGAUUUUAUUUUGCAUGUGUUUGUGUACGUGUACAUGGUUAUUAUUACCGGUUUAGUGAUGGUAAUCUUGCAAUAGAACGACGUCAGAUUUUCUUUGGUAACAGCGCCCCUUCACCUGUCGCUGUUAGUUGUUCUUUCCAAUUCCUCUGUAUCCUGUAUCUUCUUGUACUAUAAAAUUUUCCAAUUCCUCAUGAAUGUUAAACUAUUUCUCGCUCUCUCCUCCUCUUCCUCUCUCUCCUCCUGUGCCCCCUCCUCGCCGCUGCCGCCCACUGCAGGGACCGCGACGAAGACUCCUCCUCCUCCUCCUCCUCCGAUGGAGACCAACCCGCAGACAUGCGCUCGAAGUCCCUAAUCCUCGCCAGGAUCUUGUGCCUCGUCCUGGUCUCCGUUGGCACGUUCGUCGGCGGCGUCUCCCCAUACUUGCUGAAGUGGAACAAGGCGUUCCCGUUGCGGGGGAGGCACUUCGCCGUAGGGUUGUUCCUGGUGACGGGGCUGAUGCGCUGUCCCGUGGACGCCAUGGAGACGUUCGGCCACCUGACUGAGAAGGGGUACCAUACCUCGUUCAUGCUCCCGAUCGCCGGCUGGUUGCUCACCAUGCUUGCUGACUCCGCUAUAUCCCACGUUCAUGGCAAGAAGGAGGAGGAACAGAGCAGUCGCACCAAUAGCGAUUUGGAGGUCUCAGGGGGCAUUGUGCAGCGAAAGGGCAGCAGUGCAAACGGAGAGCCCCAUCAUCACAAUGCGAGCAUCGCCAUAGGAUCGCCCAGCAACAGCAUCCUGUUGAUCACAGCCCUCUGUUUACCCUCGGACAUCGGAGGCAUCACCAUUGGAGUCAUAGAAACGAAGGCAGAUGCGAGGAAAGCCAUGUGGAUCAUUUCCCUCCAAGGAAUAUUUGCAGCAAUUGCAAUGGGCAUCGCCCUCCUGAGGAUGAUGCCCAACAGGCCUCUCUUGUCGGGUGUUGCAUAUUUAUUUGCUUUCGCGAUCGCGAUCUCAAGCCCGAUCGGCAUGGCCAUAGGGAUCAUAGUAAACCCUUCCACACAGGGUGCGGUUGCAGGUUGGAUCUUUGCCAUCUUUAUGGGUUUGUCUCGCGGUGUGUUCUGGUACGUCUUUUCAAAGCUCUCGCUUUCCGAACGGUACAUGCCGCAGAGCGUGGUACCUAUUCACAAGUUCUUGGCCAAGAUGCUUUGGGUCGGGGUAAGAGCAGUCAUGAUUAUCUGGGAUGCCUUCGGAUGGCUCCGCCAUUGAGUACUUACGAGGGAGACGAGAAACAAGCACCUCGGUUAGGGUUCCAGAUACAUGAUUAGCGUGGAGAGGAGGGAAAUGGUCGGAA